GUGAGGCUGAUCAUUAAGCAGAACAACAAGUGUUGUUAUUGUCUUGUUUCUCACUGCUUCUGCAACACUGUGUUGUGGUAGGUGUUACACAGAUAAUACAAGAUGAGUGUCAACAUUAACUGGGACAUUGAAUCCUACCGUGCUCCAUAUGAGAGUGAUGAGCACUGGGCCUUGAAGCAGGAAUUUAUGGAAGCGCAUAAAUCAAGAAUACCAGAAGAUCGUCUGGUGUGCUUAGCUCAAGUGUUUGUCAAUAUUGAACUGUUGGGUUGUAGGUAUCCAGACAAGACAAUGGAGCAAGUUAGUAUAUUGGCUCGAGAUGUAGGUCAGGAAUACAAGGAAAGCAAGAAGAAGAAAUUACAGCGCACGUUUGUUAAAGCAUCAGAUGCUGCUGGGGCUAGAUACAAAGGCAGUAAGGCUCGCUCAUAAAUAUACUCUUCUUUAGUUUAUUUUGUGUACAAUAAGGAAAGUAAUUGGUUAGGCAAAAAAAAGU